AUCAGGUCAGAAUCCUCUGCUACGCCCGGCGCACAUCUUCCGAUCACCUCGUGCUUUGCUCUCCUCUUCUUGCUUAGUUACCUUCCGCAGUAUUGGGGAUUCUUUAUCAAGUCUUCCACCCGCUCCACCAUUUGCCCCCCCAGUUUCUUCUUACACAGCAGCUCAGGUUACAUUUUCAUAUGUGACUUCUACAUCAAAACGAUUACACUAGUCUGCAUCAGCUUACCUGUGAUCAAUAUUUCGGUAAUGAACAUGACCUCCCAACUAGAAACAAUUGCCAAACUUCGCUCGGUAACGUCGAGCCCCUUUCCUCCCGAAUCAGAUCCUCUCCGCGGCCGCAAGAGGCACCGCAGCCUCACGAGAUGUGACCUAGAGGCCACUCACUACGGCGGCACGGGCGGGUCCAGCACGCUCCGGGGCCGACCCCGUCGGCGAUCAACCUCGCCGACGCCGGUAUCGUCCAGAGCCUCUUCACGAGCCACCGCCACCGCCGCCGCCGCCGUCGGCAUGCCGAGCACGGAUGUGUCUCCCAUGAGGAAGCGACUCCUCCGCGUCGUCCUGCUGGAGCGGCGACGAAGCCAGAGCCCCUCUCGGUCUAGGUCGCCUGACCGCCAGCAGGCCCCACCCCGACGCCGCCGACACAGGACUCGGAGCCGGAGCCGAACGCAUACCAUAACCAAGGAAAAUUUCCAGCCCAAGGAUCAGCUGCCUCGGCUCUUGCUUGUUGAGCAGGCACACAAGAAGGUGGAUCAAUCCGUUGGAGUCUGAUGGCAACAUCUCUUUUACACGCCAAUCACGCAACCGCUCACAUGGGAAUUUUGCGAUGUGUUAUGGACUACUGAACAAUAUUCCUC